AGGAGGCAGGAGCAGUCGCUGCCAGCUCGAUUUGUUUACUUCAACCAGAUGGGGUGGAGUCCGGUUUCUUUCUUGCCCUGAGGCUGGCUGCAAACCCGGAGGGUUGGAUCUGCUCCGGGUGCCGCAGAGGCCAGACCCGGGGCUGUGAGCUGAGGGCUGUGAUUGGUUAGAAAGGCAAGCAGAGCCCCGCCAGAUUGGUCCCCUGUUACGUCAUCGCAUUCUGAAGACCCGCCCAGCAAUCGCGGGGCUCCACCCUGGGGGAAACUGCUGCCGACAGUGCCCGGAGCCCCUGGCAACGGAAAAGAGUGCGGCGGAGUCCGCCCAGGGCGGAGAGAGCACCUGAGCCUGAGAAUGAGCAGGUUCUCGAGAUGGAUGGACACCCCACCCUCUGAAGAGCCCUUGGACACGCAAAACAAAACCCUGGAAAACCAGGAAGAGGAGAUGGGGUUUAAGGAAAUGGAUGGCCUGAGGGAGGCCUUGGCAAACCUCCGGGGCCUGUCCGAGGAGGAGAAGAGCGAGAAGGCGAUGCUUCGCUCCCGCAUCCACGAGCAGUCCCAGCUCAUCUGCAUCCUGAAGCGGAGGGCCGACGAGGCCCUGGAGCGCUGCCAGAUCCUGGAGCUGCUCAACACGGAGCUGGAGGAGAAGGGGAUGCUGGAGGCGGAGAAGCUGAAGGCCAAGAGCGAGCAUGCCCGGAAGCUGGAGGACCGCUUCAUGACCCUGGCGGCCAACCACGAGGAGAUGAUCCGCUUCAAGGACCAAUACAAGAGCGAGAACGUCAAGCUGAGAGAGGAGAACGAGAGGCUGAGGCUGGAGAACGGCCGCCUCUUCAGCCAGGCUCUGAAGGACCAGGAGGCCAAAGUCCUGCAGCUCACGGCCGGGAGCGAGGCCCUGGCCCAGGAGCUGGAGACUCUGAAGCAGAGGUGUGCGCAGGAUGCCGGCCGGGCCCAGGCCCGGGAGGAGGAGCUGCGGGAGCUGCAGAGCCAGCAGGCCCGCGCCCACACCGCGGAGACAGAGCAGCUGCGCAGCCAGCUGCAGAGCCUCCAGCAGCAGCACCAGCAGGCCGUGGAGCAGAUGGCGAAGGCCGAGCAAGCGCACGGCAGCCUGAGCCAGGAGCUGCAGGCCAGGCUGCAGAUGGUCACGCGGGAGAAGGAGGAGCUGCUCCAGCUCUCCAUGGACAGGGGCAAGGUGCUGCAGAGCAAGCAAGCGGACAUCCGCCAGCUGGAGGAGAAGCUGGAGGCCGCAGAGGUGGCCAGGCGACAGGCGCUAGAGCGGUUUGAGCAAGAGGCGGUGGCUGUGGACAGCAACUUGAGAGUCCGGGAGCUCCAGCGCAGGAUAGCUGGGAUCCAGAAGGCCUACGACGAGCUCAGGCUGCAGUCAGAAGCCUUCAAAAAGCACAGCCUGGAUCUUUUGAGCAAGGAGAAAGAACUCAAUGCCAAACUCCGCCAUCUCUUUCCAUAAGGAAGCUCCGGCUUCCUCCCGCCUCCAGGGUAGAAUUCAAAUAUGGGCGCCUUGGCAAGAGUCAAGAUGUUUUUCAACUUGUUCUAUUUUUUUAAGCACAAAAGGCAACUCAAAGAAAAGCUACUUUUACUAUGAUAUUGUUAACUUUGUAAGAAUAACACUACUUUUCAUUCCUGCCACUUAGAAUACACGAUUUGCCAGAUUUUUGUCUUACUCCGUUAAAAUCUUCCUAAGUUUGCUAUUAGUAUCUCUAGCUCUCCCAUAAUACCUAUUUAUUCUCAACCUUAGCUAUCUUCAUAUAGCCAAAGAUUUUAAGUUAGCAGCUCCUAUAGAUUUCAGUGACUCUAUAAUGGGCAAUCAGAUGUGCUGGUUGUGAAAAGAAUUAGUAUAAUUAGCCCUUGUAGAUAAUAGGUUUGCAAACUAUAGGGUUUUCAGUCUCCCAUAGUUGAGACUGUAAGCUAUAACAGCUAAUAGCAUAUGAAGAGCAUGGACAACUUGCAGAAAAAAGUGUCUGAUUUUGUAACAGGCCAAGCAAUUGCUUGCUUCACCAGCUUUACAGCAGUAUCCUUUUUAUUUUAUUUGCCCUAGCUUGGAAGACAAAGAUUGAGAUCAUUAAGCAAACUUUAUUAUAAUCAGGCUGUCUGAGCAAUAAGGUUCAAAUAAGAAAGUGGUCCUGGCCGGUGGCACACUUGCUUAGGGCAUCACUCCAUGUGGGUUUGGUUCUCGGUCAGGAUAAUUUAGGUAAUAACAUACUUAAAUUUCAGUUUCAAUCCCUGGUCAGGGGUGGGACUCGGACAGGAGGCAAUCGAUUGAUGUUCCCC